AUGAAUUACACGCACUACAACUCAACAUCCUAUGCAUCACUGCGAAGCCUCAGACAGCUCUUCCUGCUGCUGAUAAUAUCCUCCUAUUCGCAUUGCGUUCUAGCAGCAAACAUUGGCAGGGGUACCUAUCAUUUCCUGCAUUGUUACUCUGCUGAUGACGAUCUACUGCUAAAGGAAGGAGAAGAAGGCUCCCCAACAUCAUUCCACAAUGAUACGACUGUGAAUGAUAAUAAUGCCAGCAGCCUCAUUCACCGCAGCAGCAGCAUUGUAAACAACAACGAUACGACCAUUACUAUUGUUUAUCCUGGAGACCGUCUCGUUCUACCAAAGUACGACCCACCGCAAACAGUCUCACUGUAUGCGACGAAUGAUUGUGCCGAAUUCGAUAAUGAAAGUCUCGCCAUCUAUUCAAACGUGUAUCGAAUUCGUUCUGGAUAUAUCAACAUGAAUAUUACCUUUGUCUGUCAGCAGGACAUCAGAGCUGCUUCCAGUUUUGGCUGCAAUUAUACGAUGGCUCGGACAUUCUCAGUCCAACCAACUCCUCCGCGGUCCUGGCCGAUAGAACAUCCCGAUCUAUUCGGAUCAGUGGAUCCUGGCCUCUUCUUUUUACUCUUCACUUUAGCCCUUACCACGCUUUUCUUGGCCAUGCAGUGGUGCAUCAAUUGCUCGGAAAAUCAAAAGGAACGAGCGGCGGAAGAGAUUGCUUGGGGAAUUACAAAUGAUGUUAAUGGCGACGUUGAUGGUCAUAUAUAA